AUGACUGUCUCAAGAUUCACGCCGGCGGCCGGUAGUGCCGCCGGAACCCUCCUACUUCUCAUAUUCCUCCACCUUUCUCCGCCGUGCCUCGCAAUCCGCUCCUUCCCGGAGACGGGCUCCUCCGUCGCCGCCCGAUUCGGAUUUUCCGAGGCGCCGGAGUACCGGAACGGCGCCGGCUGCCCGGCGGCGUCCUCCUCCGCGUGCGACCCGUCCCUGAUCCACGUGGCGAUGACCCUCGACUCGGAGUACCUCCGCGGCUCGUUGGCGGCUGUCCACUCCGUCCUCCGCCACGCCUCCUGCCCGGAGCGGGUCUUCCUCCACUUCAUCGCGGCGGAGUUCGAUCCGGCCAGCCCCCGGGUCCUGACCCGACUCGUCCGAUCCGUCUUCCCAUCCCUCCGAUUCCAAGUCUACAUAUUCCGCGAGGACCGGGUCAUAAACCUGAUAUCCUCGUCGAUCCGACCCGCUUUAGAAAACCCGCUCAACUACGCCCGGAACUAUCUCGGCGACAUGCUCGACCCGUGCGUGACCCGAGUCAUAUACCUCGACUCGGACCUCGUCCUCGUCGAUGACGUGGCAAAGCUCUGGCGGGUCGAGCUGUCCGGUAACCGGGUCAUCGGGGCGCCCGAGUACUGCCAGGCGAACUUCACCAGCUACUUCACGGAGAAAUUCUGGUCCGACCCGGAACUGACCCGGGAGGCAUUCGGGUCUCGGAGCCGGAGCCCCUGCUACUUCAACACGGGUGUGAUGGUGAUGGAUCUGGGUCGGUGGAGGGAGGGGCAUUUUCGGGAAAAGAUAGAGAAUUGGAUGGAACUGCAGAGAAGGAACCGGAUGUACGAGCUGGGGUCGCUGCCGCCUUUUUUGCUGGUUUUCGGUGGUGACGUGGAGCCAAUCGGGCACAGGUGGAACCAGCACGGUCUCGGAGGGGAUAACGUGGCAGGAUCCUGUAGGGCGCUGCACCCGGGUCCAGUGAGCCUGCUGCACUGGAGCGGGAAGGGUAAGCCGUGGGUGAGGCUGGAUGAGGGGAGGCCGUGUCCGUUGGAUCACCUUUGGGAGCCGUACGAUUUGCAUAAAGGGCAGGAUCGUAAUUUGGUGUUAUCAGGGGGUUUGGUAGAGUAUGCAAGUUAUAUCUUUUGA